AUGAUUCACAUCCAAAGAAUGCUGACAGAACAGGGCAAGCAACCUAACCUGUUGGUGACUGCGUUUCAAAUGUAAACAAGUUCACAAUGCGUCCGCGUAAAUUCAAGCUUCCAUGUGAUGUGGACAAUUUUUCACAGCCCGACAAAAAGGUGGUGAUCGUCUCGGUAUUCGGCAAGUCUCAAUAUCGAGCGAAAGGAUGCAAGACAGAUAUGCUGAGUUCCAUACUCCAGCUGAACCUCCUGGAUGAACCAGAGAUAGAUCAGCAAUGUUGGUGCGAAAUCGAGGGAUAUUAUAAUCCCAAAGAGAAGACAGUUUACCUGCACCUAAGAGGAUUUCUGGAUGCCCACACGCUUCUAACAGAGUAUGACAAGUUCACGGAGAAGCAGAACUGCAAGGACUUUCUCAGUGUUUGGGCACAUAUGAAAGAUAAAUAUGCAAGAGCACUUCUGGUGCUGUUUCACAUAUCUCAUGUGAUGGUGCUCACUCAUCCAACACACACCUUUGACUAUAGUUAUGUGCAUUUAUUCCGCGCUAUGGACAUAGUCAGGCAAAAGAUAUCUCCGCAACUUUCCGAUGUGUUAAGCUGCAUUCACAGUCUACCCAAGGAUUGGAUUUCAAACGCCAGGCCCUGCUCACCACGGGUGUUAUUUUACUUCGAAACCUGUCCUGCGGUAUUCAAGGAUCCCGACAAUGAGACGAAUAUCAAAAAGCUCGAACAUUCCCUCGAGGAUCAAAUUUAUCAUGUGUUAAGGAAGAAUAGAAUUGUCACGAAUAUCAGUUCGAAUUCCUUGUUUGCGAUACCAGCUAAUCAGGAAUUUGUGUACGUGCAUACCGGAAGUACAGACUCGAAGGACAUGCUGGGCUACAUGGCGGGAAAGUUAAUACAGAGUUGCAAAGCCAGCUCGAGUGGUACAACGUCAAAAAGUCUCACCAGUAUGGAUUUAAGCAAUAUCACAAUGGAUGACACUGAGACUGAGACUCACUCGUUUAGAUCGUUUUUGCAGCAGCAUAUAGAUCUGGCGUUUGCAAAAGGAUUCGAUGAUAAUGUUAGUCGACACUCCAUACCAGCCCAUUUUGAGGUACCUACUUUAAACAUAUUUUGCCAAGUGGCGAACAAGGUUUUCGACUAUUUUAUUCAUGGAACAGACAAGGAAUUGUCGACGCUACACAAUUUAUUAGAUACCGACGUAAAAUUCAGUAAGAGUCGAUGCAGCAAGGUACUUCCGAGAGCUUUACAAGCAUAUCAGGAAAAUUUGCCACAGCAUUACACAAGAGCAUAUCACGAAUCGAAACUAGCGCACGCAAUGGCAGUCUUUGAGAUGCACGCUCGCGGUCCAUUAUUCGAGGAAUUCAGCGAAAAACUGCAAGCCGAAUGCGACAAGCAUUGGCGAGCCGGCAGGCAAAUGUGCGAGGUGUUGUCGCUCACCGGCCAUCCUUGCACGAAUCCCGUUCACAGGGGAGGUAGCGAAGGCGCGGGAAGUAGAGAACAAACCGAACCCCGAGAAGACGACAGUGAACUACCUGUCAGAGAGCAUUGCAGUGGCGUGAGAUAUGUGUGCGCUUGCAAUUGCGGCAGAGUCCAAGGAUCAAGGGAAGAUCCCUUCAGUCUUAGACAAGCAAACCACGACUACUUCCAGAUGUUAGCGAAACAAUGUGGUUGCGCGCAAUUGGAGAGCAUACAGUUUCCAGUGUUUCAACCUAGCACACAUAACUACAGAGCAGCGCAGUUAUUUUCAGCAACAAAACGUCACGAUUCCUUUAGUCGUAACGAAUCUCCUAUACCACAAGACAUGCAAGAAUGCAGUUUAGGAGCCGAUACCUUGAAUGAUGAAAAUACAGAUUAUGGUAGCGGUGGUCAAUCGCAGGCAACAAACGAUCCGAUAGAGGGAAAUAUUCCAAGGCUGAGCAAUAAGACGAGCCUGACGCCGAGCGAUUCGCACAAAGUUGUUAUAGAAGUCACUGAAAGCGACGCGGAAAACCCCAAAGACAAAUCUCUGGUCAGACAACCAUCGACGACGGAAUAUUUACCUGGAAUGUUGCAUACCGAAUCACCGGCCGGUUUGCUGCCGCAAUUUUCCAGUUGGUCUUUAAUAUGUCUUGGACCGAGUAGUCUUUAUUCCCACAAUUUAGGACUGCAGCAUCAGAUUGGAGUAUUUCCUACUUCUGCGUUUUUGUUGCCAUGGGACGUGACUGUCAGAUUAGAACAUCAGAAGGAACGGAAUCCACUAUGGCCAUUGAUGGGCGAUCACGGGGGGUAUAGUUCGCGAGGAGGCAAGAAUUUCCAAAACAUAAACGCCAUGCGCGGCCGUAAGUCGAAGGGAGGCAAAGAGUUUGUGGUGAAGAUAUUUGUCGGAGUAGAAUACGAGUGUCCACGUGGGCACCGAUUCAUGGCGUCCGCGCCCGACAAGGUGCUAAAGGCGACUGGAAGCGGUAUAGUGAAGGACAGCGGAAACAAAGUGACUUCCAGCACGGCCGACAUGCCGCUCUACUUUUCUUGUCCCUGCAGGCAAACUAAACCUCUGAUCGCGCAGUUGAUGAGAAUUCACGUCGUGACGCCUAAAGCGCCCGUCCACGUUACGUUAAAUCCGCGAGUUCAACCUGGCCCUCCACCUUGCCCGAUUUUUGUCACCGGAUGUGAGGAGCCGAUCAAACUUUCCCAGAGCGCAUAUUGGAUAUUAAGACUACCAUAUGUAUACAUGGGCGAGAAAGGGCCAUACUUACCGCCGAAAGAACCGGUGCCACCGUCGCACGGGCGUUUGUUAGCCGGCAUGUACGGCAUCAGCGAGGUCGUUCCGGAGAAGAAAUAAAAAGCACUGAUUGAAGGAAAAAGAACUGUGAUAUAAAAAACAAAACUGUGAGAUAAAAUACCUUGUGUGACAAGUACGUGUUGUGCGUGCGUUUCGAAAUAAUUGUGCGCUAAGAAAUAAAAGCAAUUUGAAAUUUG